AUGAUUGGCCUGAAAAUCGUAGACGAACUGCUCAACAAAUCCUUCUACAAGCUGGGACUUGUGGUGGGCAAACAUCCCGGUUACUUCCUCAUAAUCCCCGUGAUGAUCACCAUUCUAGGAAUGACGGGAUAUCAAAGGAUGCACAACAACAUUGAUCCAGAGUACUUGUUCAGUCCCAUUAAUGGAGAAGGAAAAAUUGAAAGAGCCAUAGUGGAAAAUUAUUUUAAAGUCAAUUAUACGAGUAGGUUUGACGUGGCAAGGAUAACAAGAGCAGGUAGAUUUGGCAGAGUUAUUAUCACGUCCAAAGAUGGAAACAAGAAUAUGUUGAGAGUCGAAGUCUGGAAAGAAAUUAGAAUGUUAGACGAGCUAAUACAAAACAUGACCGUCAUUUACGAAAACGAAUAUUUUACUUAUAACGACAUUUGUGCGAAGUGGAUGACGGAAUGCUUCCAAAACGAUAUUUUAAAUUUGGACUACAUUAUGGAGGACGUAGAAAACCAUAACAUCAAUCUGACGUUUCCGUUGAUGAUCAACCCAGUAACCUGGGAUACUCACAUCCUUCCAAUUUUCUUCGGUGGAACAGAAGUAAGCGAGGAUGGUAUCAUUAUCAGCGUGCCCUCAGUUCAGUUGGUGUAUUUCGGAAAUGCCGAUAGUAGGAAAAUUGAUACAUUAGGUGCAGCUUGGGAAGACGCUUUUCUCAACCUAAUCGAACAAAUCCAGGAUAAAGAGAACAGAUUCGAGCAUAUCAGGAUAGCCAGAUUCGCUUCGAGAACACUGGAUCACGAGCUGGAGAAAAACACUCACUCGGUGAUUCCCUACUUCACAUCGACAUUCGUCAUUAUGGCUGUAUUCUCCAUAAUUACGUGUAUGAUGUCUGAUUGGGUCAGAUCGAAACCUUGGUUGGGAUUGUUGGGAAAUUUGAGCGCUGCUAUGGCCACUCUAGGAGCGUUUGGAUUUUGUAUGUAUGCUGGUGUGGACUUUAUUGGUAUCAAUUUGGCAGCGCCCUUUUUAAUGAUUGGAAUAGGAAUUGACGAUACUUUCGUUAUGUUGGCGGCUUGGAGAAGAACGUCCAUCAAAACAUCAGUUCCAGAACGAAUGGCUCAAAUGUUAAGCGAAGCUGCUGUUUCAAUCACAAUUACGUCAGUCACGGAUUUCUUCAGUUUUUGGAUCGGUAUUUUCAGUCCAUUUCCAUCUGUUACCAUCUUCUGCAUAUAUUCAGGUGCAGCAACUGUAUUUCUUUUCAUCUGGCAUUUAACGUUCUUCGCGGCUUGCGUAGCUAUAUCUGGAUAUUGCGAACAAAAGAACUUACACUCGAUAUUUUGCUUCAAGGUCCAGCCCUUAUCAAAAUCACAAAACAGAUGUUUUUUGUACAGAAUAUUUUGCAGUGGCGGUGUUGAUCCAGAUGACAUGGACAAUCCCAAAGAUAAUCAAGAACAUGGAAUGAUGGUAUUUUUCAGAGACUACUUUUCAGUAUUCUUAAACAAUGGUUGUGUUAAAGUUAUGGUUAUCCUGAUUUUUGCCGUUUAUCUUGCUGGCGCCGGAUAUGGUAUUACGCAAAUAGAAGAAGGUCUGGAACGGAGAAAAGUUGCGAAGAACGAUUCAUAUGCAAUAGAAUUCUUUGACAGAGAAGACGAUUACUACAGAGAGUUUCCCUAUAGAGUUCAAGUUAUAGUAUCCGGUGAGUACGAUUACUCGGACCCAAAAAUUCAAAAAGAGGUGGAAAAAUUAACGCAAACGUUCGAAAACACUUCCUAUAUUUCCGCUCUCCUUACCGAUUCCUGGUUAAGAAGCUUUUUACAAUACAUCGACAGGAACAAAGAUUAUUUGAAUAUUUCGAUAAAGACUCAAAAGGAAUUCAGUACGGAAUUAAAAGAGCUGUGGCUUGCGCCCUCAAGUCCAUAUUCCCUGGACGUUAAAUUUGACGAAAAGGAAGAAAAUAUAAUCGCAAUGAGAUUCUUAAUACAGGCAGUGAACAUAUCCGGAACAGAACACGAGAAAGAAAUGGUCAGGGCCUUAAGAAAAAUCUGUAAAGAUUCACCAUUGAAUGCUACAGUAUUCCAUCCAUAUUUCGUGUUCUUCGAUCAGUUUGAAUUAGUCCGACCACUAUCCAUUCAAAACAUCAUCAUAGGCGGCGCUGUUAUGAUGCUGGUCUCGUUCAUCUUUAUACCAAACAUCUUCUGCGCAUUCUGGGUGGCCUUCAGCAUCAUCUCCAUUGAAGCAGGAGUGGUCGGUUAUAUGGCCCUAUGGGGCGUAAAUCUCGAUUCGAUCUCCAUGAUCAACUUGAUCAUGUGCAUCGGAUUCAGCGUUGAUUUCACUGCCCACAUUUGUUAUGCCUACAUGUCGUCGCCAGCCAAGAAAGCCAAAGACAAAAUGAGCGAAGCUUUAUACGCUUUAGGAUUGCCAAUAUUUCAAGGAUCGGUCAGUACUAUACUUGGCAUGAUAGCCCUCAUCUUAGCCCAAAACUACAUAUUCUCCGUCUUCUUCAAGAUGAUCUUCUUAGUAGUAUUCUUAGGAGCGAUGCACGGUCUCUUCCUCUUGCCAGUUCUCUUGUCGCUCUUCGGCCCAGGGUCUUGUACAGGUCACGACGACGACGACGAAGACGUGAAGCUAUCAAGCAUAGAAAAGUCCUUGCCUCAUCCCUACUGUAUACCACAUCCACAAUUCACGCUCAACGGCAGCAACUUAAGCAGUAAUUUGCGCAACACCAGCUUAACACCCAUAGAAAGAUACAACAACAAACCAUUCAAAAGUUUCGGUGAUUUGGAUAAAGAUCUGGGUUUGGGAACGUCAGAAGAAAACUCAAGUGAAUCUUCGACGCAUUCGAAUAAAAAACCAGAUAUGCCACAAGAAAUAGAAAGGAAAUAUAGAGACGCCUUGCGCAGAAAAUCCGAAGCACACUUGUACCAAUACAAAAGUCCUCAUAUAGAUAUCUACGGAACGGAGAUGUACAGAUCACAAGAGGAUUUAGAGAGACCAAGUGGAGGUUACAGAUCAGAAGAACCAAAGAUCAGGUACGAAAGAAGAAGGUAUUCACCGCCAGAACAAAGGAAUCAUCCGUCUAAUGGGGGUCUAAUGAGAUCUCAUUCGCAUCACGGAGCUGUGUUUCCUAGAUAUCUCAAAGAAUCGCGGUUUCCAUGAUGGUGCGUGAAAAAUAGUUAGAACUAAAACGGUUUAGUGCUGAAUGUGUGAACUUUUGUGAAUUUGUUUUAGAAUGAGUUGACUUUUAUAAAUAAUUUGACUAAAUAACAGUACAUAUAAAGGUGAGAGUAAGCUAAGCGAAUAUUGAGGAGGAAAGGUUCAUCAUAUCUGCUCUAGUUAUGAACAGAAUUUGGAAGUGCUAAUAGAGCUACAAAUUAAAGAAUGAUCAAAGAAGGGACAAAAAAAUUUCGACUUUGUAUGGAUAGCAUAAUUUUGUGUGUACAUAGCAUAACUGUUAGUAUUGUCUAGGUUUUGAGUUCAUUGUAGAUUACUCAUGAUGCAAUAUUGUAACGAAAAGAUAUAAGUAGUAAAAAAUCACAUUCAUAAUGUUGAUAUGCUUUUAGUAAGAUUGUGUAAUCUACAGAUAAACUACUGAAAUGUCUACUUAGUUUGUUCCCAUCUUUUGUAUAACAUCACUAAGAAAGAUGAAAUAUUAGGUGAUAUUUAGGUUAAGAUUUAAUUUUUUAAUUUGUAUAGACUAUAGAACAAUUAGUUUAGACAAGAUUUAGUUGAAAAAGGAUUUAGCGGGCAUACUGUAAAAUAUUUUGCCUUGAAAACUUGUUUUAAAGAUAUACUAGUCAUGCUUUCACAACCACUAAUCCAAGUAGAAAAUCUCAUCUGAUUAUAUCUUUGCCGUCGUUACUGUAAUGUUUAAGUUAAAUCACAGUACCAACAGGGUAUAACAAAUCAACGAGUAGCGUCACUUCGGUUCCGAAAUUUACAAGCGCAUGCGCGUAAUAGACAGGAUCAACGUUAACAUAGGAUACCAAUCAGCCGGCCGAAUUUAGUCAGGUAGCAAAGGCAAUAAAACAUGAUAUUGACAUUUGAGUGCGAAACGUGUUAAUUGUUGUUUGCUGUGUUUUUAAUAAUUAUUAUUAAUAAUGCCAGGAACGUGUUGUGCAUAUCGCCCUUGUUUAACAAGACCAGGAGAUAAGAAAUCCAUGUUUUCAUUUCCCAAAGACUAUGAUCGGUAAAUACAUUCGACCAUGUAUUAUAAAGUGUUCUAUGAGUCCAGUUCAAGUUUUUUACAUUGUAUUCGACAUAGUUCACGUUUUCAGUAGUGUAUCAGUCAGGAUCACCUUCAAAUACGCGGCGGCUAAAAUUGGAACAUCAAACAUCAAAGGUUCCGACGCUUACUGUCGCUACUCGUUCGUUUGUUUCUCUGGUACCAACACAUCACAUCCUCUCCCUGCUUUAAACCCUUGUUAAAGUUGUCAGUUACAAAAACAACAUAGUUCUAAGACGAAGGCCUUAAAUUUUAAUCUAUUAAUAUCCAAUUUAAAAGCGUGUAGUAGUGUGCAACAACGCUAGUUUUUUGUAAAGAAAGUUGACUUGGUGUUGACCAAAGUAAUGGAUACUAUUUCAUACUCCUUUUUUAGCUCGAACAUAGGGCAUAAUAUUUAUCCUAUAAAUAAAUGAAAAAUUGCUCAAUGCUAGUAAUCUCUCGAUAUUAGGCUAAUAAUUGUACAGAAGUCAUGUUUGUAUGAGAAAAUAUAAAUAUGUACAAUCGUAAAUAUUUUUGCAUUGGUAAGAUAAACAAUAAAAUUAUUUUGUAUA